AUGGCGGCAAACGAGGCGCUUGCGUACAUUGACGGCGUGUUGGCGGAUAGUGCGACACCUGCGCAACUGGUUCCUCUAUAUGAAAAUUUUCGCGCGCUUUACGACAAGAAGCUGUGGUAUCAGCUGGCGUUGGCGAUCGAAGAGUUUUUGCGCCACCCAGCAUCGCAGCAAAAUGCACGCCAGAUCGCGCUGUACGAGCACUUUAUCCGCACAUUUGCGAAGCAUAUCAAUCACCUGAAGCUGGCGAGCUUUGGUGUGAUUGUUUCGCGGCAGUUUGACGAUGCUGCGAAAGCGUAUGCAUUUCUUCAUGCGCUUGCAGACGCGUGGCGCGACGAUGCAGAGAAACAAGAUGCUUACACGUUGCUUGCCAUGGAAGGUGCCCACUUUCAGCUCUUGCUCGGCAAUGUUGCAGAGACCAAGGAGGCGAUGGAAGAGUGUGCCAAGAUUUUGGACAAGGUCAGCUCCGUGGACCCCCUCGUGAAUGCGAGUUUCUACCGCGUCUCGGGCAACUAUUACAAGUCCAAGGCGGAGUAUGCAGACUAUUACCGCAAUUUCUUACUGUUCCUUGCGUGCAUCAAUGUCGAUGCGGAGAUGAGCGUUGCAGAGCAGGUGCAAAGCGCGCACGAUCUCGGCAUCUCUGCGCUCCUCGGCGAUACCAUUUACAACUUUGGCGAGUUGCUGCUGCAUCCCAUUUUUCAGUCUUUGCGCGGCACCGGGUACGAGUGGAUUUCGGAGCUGCUGUACGCGUUCAACGCUGGUGACAUUGGCCGUUUCGAGGCGGUGAUUCCCAAACUCGCGCAGGAGCCGAUCCUCGAGUCGAACCUCGCAUUCUUGCGCCAAAAGAUCUGCCUCAUGGCACUCAUUGAAAAUGUAUUCCGUAGGUCGCCGGAUGACCGUACACUUUCGUUUGACACAGUUGCGCGCGAGACGCAUAUCCCGGUGGACGAGGUCGAGCACCUGAUCAUGAAAGCGCUGAGUUUACACCUGAUUCGGGGGAGCCUUGACGAGGCGGCGCAUUUUGUGCACAUUACGUGGGUUCAGCCGCGCGUGCUGGAUAAGGAUCAGAUGAAGGCAUUGGCCGAACGUCUCUCGACAUGGUGCGAGCACGUCGAGCAUGUCUCUCAAUUUGUCAUGUCCCAGUCGCCGGAACUCUUUAGCAGUGCAUAG